AUGCUCGCGAUUGCUGACCCCAAAUACCGUCCAGCGACGCGUAGCGAGCUUGAAGAUUCUCAGAUCCUGAACGUAGCCCAGUGGGUCCGGAAUACACAGCUCAAGGACCUCAGGACCGAGUACAAUAUCACACACUCUUUUGAUGGGUCGACCUCUAACGCGCAUGAAGCUCGGUGGACCAUCCAUGCUUCUACAGGGAACGGCAAGGUGGUACUGGUGAGAACGAAGGAGGCGACCGCAGAGAAACAUGAUGCGAAAUUCAUGGUUGCCCUUAUCUCGGAGGUUGCAGAGGAUAUUGGCACCACUAGGAUAGGUUGUAUCCUCUCCAAUGGGGCUACCGCUUGUGUCCUUGCUCGUAAGAUGUCUGUUGCGCAGUUUUUAAAGGUCGCUAUCGCACUGCCCAAUGUCUGCCACCUCCUCAAUCUUCUGAUCAAGGAUAUUGUACGGAUUUCAUGCUUCAAGCCGAUCAUGACAGUAAUUUGUUCGACCAUCACCGUCUUCCAUUCCUCACACGGUUGCUUCGCCGACCUGAAGAUUUCUCGUGAACAUCAUCGGAUUGGGCGAGGUCUUGAAGUGAUAGGAAAGACUAGGUUUGCCACCUCGGUUCGCUCUGCGAGAUCUGUCCAGAACAAUACACCUGCCAUCAAGGAUGUUGUUCAGACACGCAAAAAGUACACGCUCAAGUUAUUUGGAGAUGGUCGGGUUUCCAGCAAGGUCUAUCGUGCAGCGGCUUACCUCAACCCCAACUACCUUCGUUCGGACCUCUCCCUUGCGGAGGAGCCCAUAGACACGCUCCCAGGACUUCGCUAUCCCCUCCUUCUCCACUCCGUUGGUGAGUAUCUCAACGAGCUUGCGACAAGGAGGCUUUCACAUACUGGUGAGGGCAUGCCACCGUUCCACCUUCCUCUUGACGAGACCAAGCUCUAUGGUCUUCGGAAAUGGUGGGAAGGUUUAAUUGGACAUGCAGAUGGCCAAAUACUCCCGCAUCUAGCCAUCAAGAUCCUGUCAAUCCACAUCAAUUCUAUGCCGGAGGAGCACACUGUCUCCAACAUGAACAAUACCCAGCCGAAAAACCGCAACCGAAUGUUCACGGACAUGAAUGGUGAUCGUGUUCAAAUCCGUCAAUACUAUAAGGCUACUAGAAAGCCUCCUGCGGCUGCAACCUUUGACUGUGUAGAAUCGCCACUACACCAGACCUUUGACCUAGAAGCAAGGCUUCUUAGAACACGGCCGAUCGCACCUGUGAUAGCUAUCACACCUGCACCAGAACGCGCGUCCACUCUUGAAUCUCUAUUCAAGCCUGGACAUUACAUCCGCGAUAUCAAAAGCAAGGUUUUCCCUUCUUCCGACAACAUCGAAGACCCCAUCUCGGAUGAAGAAGGAGACAACUGGCUCGAUGACCCAUUGGCGAUCCCCGGUGAUGUCUCCAAGAUCAGGCCUAUAGCCGACACUUUCAUCAAUCUACGCUCUGAGAUCCUCAAGGAUCUACUGGCAGAUUCAGAGACUGAUUUGGAGAACACAGAGGCGCUGAACACUGAGGGGGUCAAAGAGCGCUCAGGGGGUUUGAAGGGAGAUGGCAAUGACGAGAACUACAGUGUUCUCUUUUGA